AUGGCUCAUGGACUGCAGAUAAGAGAUGAAGAAAGUGGCUAUAACAAAAAUCUCUUCUGCAUUCCUAAGCAUUAUGAAGAAGAUUUAGAAAGAAUCUUCAUUCCUCAUGGACUCAUCCUGGACAGGACAGAACGUUUGGCUAGAGAUAUCAUGCAAGAUAUGGGAAGCCAUCAUAUUGUUGCACUCUGUGUCCUUAAAGGAGGAUAUAAAUUCUUUGCUGAUUUGCUGGACCAUAUAAAAGCACUGAAUCAAAAUGGUGAUAAAUCUGUGCCUAUUACUGUGGAUUUUGUUAGAAUAAAAAGCCACUGCAAUGAUUCAUCUGCAGAAAAAUUCAGUAUUGUUGUCGAGGAACUGUCUACACUAAAUGGGAAGAAUGUGCUAGUAGUAGAGGACGUUAUUGAGACUGGUAGAACAAUGAAAGCACUACUUUCAAAACUAAAAGACAAUGAACCAAAGAUGGUAAAAGUUGUGAGCCUGCUCGUCAAAAGGACAAGUCAAAACCCUGGUUACAGACCAGACUAUAUAGGCUUUGAAAUUCCAGAUAAAUUUGUUGUUGGCUAUGCUCUGGAUUAUAAUGAAUACUUCAGAGACCUAAAUCACAUCUGCAUUCUGAAAGAAAAAGCCAAAGAGAAAUACAGGAUCUGAUAACAUCAGUCUUCUGGAACAAUAGUUCAGUGGCAUGUACAGCUGUGUGGAUGAUUAAUAAGUAAUUUACUAAUUAUGCUUUGAAGAGUGAUGAUUUUCUAAAGAUAUGAUUUUACAUAUUUCGUUCCUAUGAUGCUUAUGUAAAAUAGCUUAAGGGUAAAUGAGUUGUGCUCAAAUUUUACUGAAACACAGACAGUACACUGGCCAUCAAAAGGCCAACCCUGGAAGGCUGGACUAGAUAACCCUUGAGGUCCCUUCCAGCCUAGUGUUGUAGGAACCUGUAUUCCGAGGGCAUCACACGGGAUACAGCCAAGACAAGUACAUGCAUAUCUAAUUAUGCCUGGGGUUUAAUUUACUGCAUGAUGCAACAUAUUAUGUAUAUUGUGUACAAACUGCACUGACUUUUACAUGAGUUUGUGUGUGUAAACGUAUGCACUUUGUUACAAAUAAGGAUUUAAGUACUCAAGGUUAAUUAACUGUACAGAGUGCAUAUCACAUGGAAAACGUACUUGGUUCUUUAGCUUAAUGCAAUGAAAAAGAAGUCAACAUUACAUUGAGAUUAGUUCUUACAUAUUCCAUGGAACAUGGGCCAUUUUAUCUUGUUUUUCAAGGGAUCAUGUGUUGACUGUACCACUGUGGUGUUACUUGAGAAGCAGGUAACCCUGACUGCCACCUGUUAAGCCUGUGUAAUAAACCAUUAAGGCAGGAAAUUCCACCUGCUGCUUGUGCGUCUAUAACAAGAGAUAG